GGACUCUCUCAGUGGCGUUUGGACGCACCACCGAAACGCUGAAACUACCCACCGCUGAUCAGAGGAAGCGAGGAGGCGGGUCGGGAGUUACUUCGGCAGCGGCUCAGCUCAUAUUUCCAUUCCACCGAGCGCUUCCCUUUCCGAUUACAUCACGCCUACUCGUAGGAGAUUCCGAAAGUCCAGUAUAUAUAGAGGGGACCUAACUGAGAUCCAACAGACAUACAAACGCUCUUGACGAGAACUACCCCAGGAGAGCUUCGAACGAACCCAGGAUCAUGAACCAAGACAACAUGCAGUUGGACCCCGAGGCCGGUAAAGUUGUGGUGCUGCGAGAGUCGAGCAGAAGGGGCUGUUUCUGGCCAGCUCUUUGCGCCAUUGCCAUGCUCGGCUUGGUUGCCGUCAGCUCCUACCUGGUGCUGUGUCAGCUGAGGGGACCCCAGGCUCAGCAGGAUAAAACGGGGCCGGUGAUGCCGGAGAAGACUUUUCAGACUAAAGAAGAUCUACAACAGUUGAUGAAACAAGUUGGGUACGCGGAGAGAGCAAAAAUCGCUGCUCACCUCAUAGCAUUAUCCAGCAACAGAGGAAAGGAAGUGAUCUGGCAGGAUGACACAGACACCACCCUCACAAAUGGAGUGGACUUUAAGGGCAACGGCCUGGUCAUCAAGACGCCCGGCCAGUACUUUGUCUACACCCAGGUGGUGUUUCAUGGCAAAGGCUGCCAGAACAAGGCCACCUACCUCAGCCACAACGUCACCUUGCUCUCCGACAACUACCCAGAGGAAAAUCUGCUCCUGAAGGCCACCAAGUCCGUCUGCCACUACGGCUCAACCCAGCAACACUGGUACAAGACCUCCUACCAGGGCGCCAUCUUCCAGUUUGAUGAGGGUGACCACAUCUUCUCAAAAGUCAGUGAGAAGGUGGUGCACUAUGUGGACAGGGCUCAGGGAAAGACCUUCUUUGGAAUAUUUGCCCUGUGAAGAACUCAGUGAAUGGUCGGGAUUUUCAGACUAGAACACAACAGACACUUAAUGGGGCAUGUUGUCCUAUAGAGCAAAGUUUGGACAUUCCACGACAUGCUCAGGAUAAGCUGAUAUUCUUUCUGUUUUAUAGCAUGAUAUUUAUUUUGUAUUUAAGUUAUUGAUCUUACUGAGACAAGUACUCCUAAGGGAGAGUGUAAGUAGGUAAUCUCAAGAGGUAAUGUGUGAACAAUUCUGUCUGAUAUUCAGACUGUUAAGUUUGUCAGACCAGUUUCUGCAUAGAAGCAUAUCUGGGACAUCUAUGUGGGUCCUCAAUUGUUAGUACUAGCAAGGGAGCAGCCAAACUCCCUGAAGUAUAUUUACCAAAUUGCCAACAUAUUGGGUCAUCCAUUUUGAAAAAAGAUGCAACUGCUGUGCACCAUGAUUAUCACCAAAUCAACUGAAAGUAAUUUAUUCCACACCCAUCGUGAAUCAGGUCCCUGCACAAGAGUAGAUCACAGUGAGUAAGUUGGCCUGUUUUGCAUUUCUGGGUCUUUCUGAGUGGUAUGUGAUCUGCUUGUCUCUUACUGUAUGUUGAAUGUUGUGAAUACUUGCCAGGCAGUUUCAGUGAUGCUGUUACAUUGUCUCACAAAUUCAUUCGGGGAGCUUCCACCCAAAGCACUCCACAGUUAUAUAUUAACUGUGGCAGAUUAUAGGAUUUAUAUUAAAAUGAAAUUGCAUCUGUUUUAAGGAUGUCCAUAAAUAUCAAUAUAUCUCUAUAUAUUUCAUGCUUGUUUAAGUUAUUA